CCCUUCUUCUUAUUUCAGAUCCCAGAAGCGAAGGUGAGUGAGCGCAUGGAGAACUUCUGCAUCACCAUGAAGAAAACAAAUGGGUCUGGCUUUGUAGCCACAUCAUUCUGCACUAUACAUCGAGGCUUGGGUCAGAUCCUCAGGAAUGCCGGUGGCAGCUUCUCCACCACCAGCAACGCCUUCAGCUCUUCCACAAGAAAGCUGAAGACUAAGCCUAAAGUCUUGAGCAAGGCUGGCAUGUCUGGUGACUGCUCUCACAGUGUCUGGUUACUUGUUGAUGAGGAAGAGGUGUGGAGGAUAGGAUGCCUGGGAAGUGACAGCCCCACAGCCCUGCUCUGCAAGGGGAAAUACUGCAGCCAGUACCUGAACAUGCAAACCUUGCAGGAGAAGGCAGGCAUAGAGUCUGAUGACAUUGAAUUGCUCAGAGACUCUCAGAACAGGUUAUUUUUUUGCCAGGAUGGUAGCAGGAAGCAAGAAAACAGGCAGAAUACAGACUGUUAUGGCGAGAUCUCCCAUGAGCACAAGCUCUGCCGGUAGUGCCUUCUCUACAAGUACAUGUGCAUACAAGAGCUGACAGCAAGAGAGGACAAGUCACCCCUCUACCUGGUGGUUUGGCAGCAGGUCAGAGGCAUGAGGAAUGUCUGGUACAAGGAGCCAAGGGUGGGGAUCUGCUGUCUCAGAGCUGUCAUCUUCAAGCUGGUGAAGAAACUGGAGCACUGUGAAAAUUUUACUUUUGUCUCCUUCACUAAAUGCUUCCAGGAAGUUUUUCCACCUUGGCAUCUAAGAUAGAGCAACUCUGCCCUCUGUCUGCUCUCAGCAUCCAGCAUCCCAAGAAGUCUCUAGGAUGACGUGAACAAGUUUAGCUGCUUUUAAACAAGACAAAAAAGUGGAAAGACAGGACAGGGCAGAGGAAGGCAGACCACAUGCUGUGGUCCCAUUUUGGGGAUGAAUACUGCUUUUUUUCUGAAGAGCUGGGGAGCAGUGGUCUCCUUCAUCACAACCAGAUCUUCCAAGGGAAGAGCUGGUGGAGAUUUUUUUCCUCACUGGAGGCUGGUAACAUCUAUAGGAUGGAUUUUCCUCCCCAGCAAGCAUAGCUAGGAGAAAGGACACUGAGUUUUGGGGACCAAGAAGCCCUCAAGCUUAAGUACCUAUGCUUUCAGAGGCACUGUACAAAAAUUACUUUCUUGUGAAUCAUAUCUUUUAAUGGUUCACACCUUUAUACACUUGUUUGGCAUAUUGUAAAUACAGUUAUUUUUCAUUACAUGAUCAUUUACACUAGACCUGUAGGCACUGCAAUAAACUACUACUGGUUUACUAAUUAAUAAACAAACAUAUGGAAUUAAUUAACAAAUUAAUAGCAGACAAAAAAAUAGCAUCCCCAAAGGAAAGCAUUUUUGGUCAGUCGUGUAUAAAUGGUGAGCACAUAAUAAAAAAAACCCAGCAGUUUGGGUUUUGGGAAAGGUUUUGAGACAUUUUAAAAGGGGCUUAUAUCAGAAGUCAAAUUCUUGGUCUGACACCCAAACGAUAUAAUUUUCAAAAACUGGUGAUUAGGUAUAAAAAUAAUUGCCUUGAACUUCUACAGCUAUGGCUUGGACCACCUUCUCUUGAGAGGAAAACUUCAUUUCAGCUGGAGUUGUGACAAGCCUUUAAGUCACAAAGACACUCUGGAAGACUUAGCACAGAGCUGAGGAGCAAUAUUUGAUGUGUAAUCAGCUUCUGUUCUAAUGGAAAGGUGUGACUGGGUUUUUAUCUACCCUAUUGCAGUGCUGUGAGAGGACUGGUGAGGUUUACCAUGCCCACUAUACAGAAACUGAUUGUUCUAGAUCAGUAUAACACCUCUCCCCUGCCAUGUCAGAAUAAAGCAGAACACUAUGGCAAAACUGUUGAUCAUCAUCUGACUACUAAUGAGAUGAAAAUAUUUCAACAGAUAUACUUGCAACUGAAAUCUGUAACUCAGCUGGAAUCAGUAAGAUCAUUACUCCUUCACCUAAGUUUUGAAUUUUUUUUCAAUUCCAAGUCCAGUCACUAACUGCAAAAUAAUUAAGGACACA